GCUGUGGGUGGCUCACAUUUACAUUCUUGUAUAUCUAAAAAUAUCCAACCACAAAGUGAACAAGCAUCAAAUGCAUCAUCACCUUCAAUUAGAAGCCCCUUACCCGAAAAUUUUUAUAACCAAUGCUCUCUAACAUCUAAAAUUAGCCAGUCUCUCUUAGCCGAAAAGCAUUUAUCUGAGAGUGUUUAUAGCCAACUAUCCCCAACACCCAACAUCACUUCUUCUUCUUUAACUAGAAACUAUUCAUUUGAAAAUAUUGUUAAUCAAUGGUCAUUAGCAUCAACCACAUUAAACACAAUUAACGUCUCUUCGUCUUCCUUAAUUGGUUCAUUUAAAAGCGAUCUUGAAGUCUGUUUGUAUUUAGUGCAACAUUCAGCUCUUAUCAAUUUAGCACUAAGCAUGAUAAAUGCAAAUAGUCAAGAAUCUGUAAUUACACAGAGAAAAUUUGAUAAGUUUAGUAUGCUUCCAGAAAGGGAUCUUAGAAUGCUCCAGAUGCACUUGAAAUGUCUUUUUUUUCAUACACGAGUGGUAAACAAGCAAAUUAUUGCCGCACUAAUGAGAAACUUGUUUUCAGAUAUUCAACAUUCUGAUGCAUCAGAACAUGCUGCAUUGCAGAGAUGCAUUUUUGGGUGUUAUCGAGAUUAUAAUGUAGCAUUAAGACAUGAACUUCGAAAGCUGGCCUCAGAAUUUAUCAGAAAGCAUAAAUUAACCAAAGUGAAACAGCCAACAAUACAACAGAUUUCUGAAUAUAUUACAGAAAGAAAUUGGCCUGAAAAUAUUAAAAAAUUUACCAAUUUUAUACGAUCAUUAUUUAAUUUCUUUGUUCAAGAAAUCCUUUUAGACAAAGAUGUAAUUGACGAUGUCAAAAAUUUAAAUUAUAUAAUGGUUGAUAUGGAAAUAUUUACGGCUGAUAGAAAAGACUUCUUGCAACAAUUAGAUCUUAG